AUGAAAGUCAUCGCUUUAGUGUUAGUUGGUUUAUUGUGCGUUUCCGCUGAAACCCAAACAAGAUCACCAGGCUAAUUGUUGGUUGAUCACAUCAAUAGUUUGAUCCUCUCCAUCCGUAACGAACAAACAGAACACGACGACAUCUACACAGUCUAACAAAGAGAAUGUGGAGAUGAAUUGGGAUUCAGAAAGAAGGAAGUCCAAGACGCUGUUGAUGCCUUAACUAGAGCAACUGAACACAAGGGAAGAGCCCAAGCUGCUCACGCUUCAGCCACAGCCGAUUUGAUCAGAGUCAAGACCUAUUAAUAAAUCCUUGAAGACUAAGUUGAGUUCAUUACCACCAGAAGAAACGACAGAGCUGCCAACUUCAACAAGAAAGUUCAAAACAUCAACACAUCAUUGUCUUUGAUCGACGGUGCUGAAUAAAUCGUCAAUGUACAUUAUUUAAAUUUACAACUCCUAGGAAUUCGCCAACUCCUCAGCUUCAUUCCUCCAAGUCACUAAACACUUCAACAACAUGUUCCUCCAAGCCACCAAAGCCGGUAAUGCUGGUGAAUAUGCUCCCUUAUUGUCUGUCCUCGUUGAAUUAAGUGGAGACGGAAACGUUAGCGUCGAUAACAUCAACAGAAUCAGAUAAUUAUUGAACGAAUUAAGAGAAAAAUUAUAAGCUGCUCUUUCAUAAUUGACAGAUAACGAAAACACCCAAAUCGAAGUCUUCUAAGCCAGAAAGAACAGAGUCCAAGACGUCAUCACCCUUUUGGUCAACGUCCAAGGAUAAUUGACAGCCUAUAUUGCCCAAUUAUAAGCCACCAUCACCAAGGAAGAAGACAUCAUCAACUCAGCCACCAGCAAGAGAAUCAGAAACUAAAACUUACUUAACUAUGCUAGUGACAUGUGCAAUGCCUUCAAUACUGAAUACUCUGAUAGCACUGGUGCCAGAAGAAAGGAAGUUGAACUCUUGACCAAAUUGAGAACCUUCGUCGAAUAAAGAGUUGAAGAAUUCAAUCAAUAUGGAGGAGAUCCCACCGACGUCUUUGCCAGCUAUGCCAAAUAAGGACCAGCCUAAGCUGCCGAAGCUCAAUUCCUCUAACUCAGAGCCAACCUUAGAUCCAGAAAGUGAGUUUUAUAAUUUCAUAAAAUUUAAAUAAAUCAUG